GUGCGUAACACAUCAGAUGCAGCCGUUAGUAUAGUACGUGGAUCCUUAUCCCUCACGUCAGCUCCGUAACCGGGCAUGAAACCUCAGUCUUGUACAAAGCUCGCAUCUCACAAGAGUUUUGGAUAUUUUCAACCCGUGGAUUAACAGAAAACUCAUGCAGAGGGGAGUUAGCUCCUCCGGUGAAGGUGCUUUUAACCGGUAAUGGCCAUUGACUCAUAAAGCCAAGCAAUUCAGUCAGGCGAUAGAUUCUUUACAUUUUAUAAAUAAGGGAAAUACCCCCAGUUCUACUUUCAGGUUACUCGCUUUUGCUUAUCUGUCGUUAUUUAUUUUAACAUUUACAAAACUAUUCGAUACCUCAUAUUGGUCUUCUCACAUCCAUUAUACCAACAUUAGCAUAACCACAACUGUACACAACAUGUCUGACAUAGAAGCAAAGGGACCUUCAGGGACUGCUUCUGCCGAAUCUCUUCCGUCGUGCUACGAAGGCCCUAGCGAGCAGGUGGGCAAGUGGCAAAACUUCAAAGAUUCGUUCAAAAGAAUGGAUGAAACGGAGUUUGACCCUAAUUUGUCCGAGGAAGAAAAGGCAAUUAUCGCCACCUCGAAGGCGCCCUUAAACCGUUCGUUAAAGUCCAGACACUUACAGAUGAUUGCUAUCGGUGGUUCCAUCGGUACCGGCUUGUUCAUUGGUUCGGGUAGUGCUUUGAGAACCGGCGGACCUGCAUCUUUGCUCAUCUCCUACUUCUUGGUGGGGACCAUUAUUUACUGUGUCAUGCAGGCUUUGGCUGAAUUGGCUGUUACUUUUCCUGUCUCGGGUGCCUUCAGUGCCCACGCUUCUCGUUUCGUUGACGCUUCCUGGGCUUUCGCUGUUGGCUGGAACUACUUGAUCUUAUGGCUUGUUGUUUUACCCCUUGAGUUAGUUGCCGCGUCCAUGACCAUCACGUACUGGAACCCUGGUGUUAGUAACGCUGUCUGGGUAGCCAUUUUCUACGUCAUGAUCAUGUUUAUUAAUAUGUUCGGUGUUAGGGGAUACGGUGAAGCCGAGUUUGUUUUCUCCUUGAUCAAGGUUGUCGCUAUCAUUGGGUUUAUCAUUUUGGGGGUUGUCCUCAUCUGUGGAGGUGGUCCAAGCGAUGAUGGCUACAUUGGUGGGAGAUACUGGCAGCAUCCUGGUGCGUUUCACUCUGGUUUCAAAGGUCUUUGUACCGUCUUCGUUACCGCCUUGUAUUCCUUAGCAGGUACCGAAUUGGUUGGUCUUGCUAGUGCCGAAACCAAGGAAAACCCAAGAAAGGUUUUGCCAAAGGCGAUCAAGCAAGUCUUUUGGAGAAUUAUCUUGUUCUACUUCGUUUGUUUGUUGAUUCUUGGCUUGUUGGUCCCAUACGAUGACCCUCGUCUUAUUGGUUCCUCCUCUGUCGAUGCCACCGCCUCUCCUUUUGUCAUUGCCAUUAAGAACGGUGGUAUCAAGGCUUUGCCAUCCAUAAUCAACGUUGUCAUUUUGAUCGCUGUCUUAUCUGUGGGUAACGCCUCUGUAUACGGUGCCUCCCGUACCAUUGCAUCCUUAGCUGCCCAAAACAUGGCUCCAAGUAUCUUUGCUUACAUUGAUCGCAGCGGUAGACCAAUCAUGGGUAUUAUCGCCCAAGGGGUUGUGGGCUUGCUCUGUUUCUUGGCCGCUUCCCCUAAACAAAACGAGGUUUUUGCCUGGUUGAUGGCUUUGUGUGGGAUGUCUACUCUUUUUACCUGGACCUCUAUCUGUAUUUGCCAUUUGAGAUUCAGAGCCGCCAUAAAGGCCCAAGGGAGAACCACCGAUGAAUUGGCUUAUACAGCCAAUACAGGUGUGAUUGGUUCUUACUACUCCAUUGCUUUUUUGACUUUUGUCUUGUGUGCCCAGUUCUGGGUCAGUGUUUGGCCAAUCGGUGCCAAGCCAAGUGCUGUAGUAUUCUUCCAAAACUAUGUCUCCAUUCUCGUGAUUUUGGUUUUCUACCUUGGCCACAAAAUCUGGACUAGAAACUGGAAGCUCUUGAUUCCAUUGGCUGAUAUUGAUCUUAACUCUGGUAGAAGAGAGAUGGACUUGGAGUUGAUCAAGCAGGAAAUGGCUGAGGAAAGAGCUGCUUUGGCCGCAAGACCAAAAUAUAUGAGAAUCUUGAAACUCUGGUGUUGAAAGCUCUCAAUUUAACGACCUCUUUAAUGAUUUACGGUUUUCUAUAUAUAU